CUCACUCCAGGGUCAGAUAGGGAGUGUUUAUAUAAGUAAAGGUUAUACGGUUAUAAAGUUUUCCGAAUUCGAGAAGCAUCCUGAUUGGGAUCGCGUUGAAAUAAAGAAUGACAUUGGCGUGUUAAGGAUGGCUGAGCCUCUGAAUGAUUCACGUCCCAGUAUAAUUAAAUUGGACUUCAAAUGGAUUGGCGAUGGGGAGAAAGUCACUGUUGCUGGUUGGGGAUUGUUAGAAGAUCCGGGGGCGAUCCCGGACCGUCUGCAACGACUUGAUGUAUCCACAAUGGGUCCUAAAGAGUGUGAGGAGGGUGUUAAAGAAGCUAAUCUACAGAAUAGACCUUCGCCUCCUGUAAAUUCUUCUGUAGAGCUCUGUACUAUGCAUAAGAAGGGCGCUGGGCAAGGCAUGUGUCACGGAGAUUCUGGGAGUGCAGUAAUGCUGAUUCCUGAACUUCGUGGAAACGAUAAGGAAAUCUCGAUAGUGGGGAUAGUUUCAUGGGGAUUUCCGUGUGCGCUUGGCCAUCCUGAUAUGCAUACGCGUCUUAGUACGUACGAGACUUGGCUUAGACUCCUGUUGGCGACGGAUGGCGUUGACAUUGAGGAAUAAUUGUUAUACAAAUAUCUAGU